AUGGCAGGCAUCAUACACCUUUCGCAGCUCGAUGGUCAAAUCGGUGAAGGCGUCGAGACCGCUUGGGCAGACGUCACGGCGAUAGACGCACUCUUCCGACUGUGUCCCGUCGUUGCGCCAGAGAUCACGACUAAUGGCUGGGCUGGAGAAGGAGAUACUUGGCCAGGACACGCUGAUAUAGCUCGAAUCUUCCACGACGAUCCGGACGACGACGUCGUGUUGUCUGUAUGGGCACGCCCGUAUCCUCUUCCUUGGUACAGCAGCGGCCUCGCGCCCACUCCGUACGACGACGACGACCUCGGACUUGUCGCCAACAAUGGAGUAUGGGGGCCGCGGACGCCCAGGCUACGCCACGACGGUUGGCGUGAGCCUCGUACCUUUACUCAACCGAGCGCGACCCUAAUGCAUAUACCUCUACCGGAAACGGCGUCGAUCACGAAGCUCACGCAGGAAUGCCUCGAAGAAGUUAUGCUGUUCGUCGUCGGCGACGAUGACCGGAUCCCCUUGGGAGAGUACUUCACCAAUGGGCGAGGCCGGGAGAUCUUGGGAGAUCUCUAUUCGUUGCUGAGGACCGGUCCCUGGCUGUACGCGUCGCUCAUGAACAUGCCGCGGAUUUGGGGUAUCGUCAUCGCGGCGGCGCAAACCACUGACGCGUGGAACCAUGUACGGCCCCGUGUCCGUUAUGCGCCUCUGCGCCUCGUCUACCGUGAUAGUGUCGACUCGCGCCUUCUCGACAACGAGCUCAUGCACGCUGGCGGCAUCUACGUUGGCAGCGAUUGCUCGCUGGGCAACUUCACGCCUGUUCUGGGUGGGAGCAAUCUUCCGCAUCUGAGGAUGCUCUUUAUCCAGCCGGAUGUGCGAGGUAUACCGACUGGCGCGCAACCGUCCGCCACGCAACACCUCAACGCUUCCGCGCUCAACACGUGCGAGGUAUACGUGCCUCUCAUUGUUCAUGGCCCCGUCCGGCGACUCGGCUGCACGUUCUAUACCGGCGACCAAAUCCGGGACAUUCUGCGCCCGCUUUCCACUCUUCUCCGUCUCGACAUCGGCAACAUCGUCGGCGAGGAAGUACUGGAUCUCACGUCUUUGUUACGCGAGGCUGGCAGUGUCGCGCACUUGACCUUUCUGCGCAUUCGCUGUGGGGCCUCUCAGUCUGCCGCCUUGAAUACCAUUGGCAAUCGUCUCGUGAUGAAGGACCUAAAGACUCUCGAUGUCGGUGGUGCUGUAUGGGUCAAUGCUCCGUCGACUACCUUUGCGAGGGUUUUCAACGUUCACGCGCACGAAGCCUUGGCGAUGGCCAAACUGAUGCCGCUACUAGAGCGGCUGCAUUUGCGCUGGCGCCUCCCGCUCGACGACUUUCCAGUCUUCGAGACCUUACAUCUCGGCGCUCUAACCGAACUCUACCUUGCUGGAGACAUGUCGGAGGAGACCGAGACUUUUCUGUCUCAUCUCGAUGCCCCCGCGAUACGCACGCUUCAGCUAUCGUGUGAUAUGAGGGCAACGGCGAACCCCGAGCUCUUGCCGUCCAUCGCCGACAACAUCUUGGUCGCUCUUCAGACACUCGGUGGUGACCCGGAAGGCACGCGUGCGAGUCUGGCAGAUGCGCAAUCAGACCUUGACAAUGCUGGCUACGGAGACAUCAGCGCCCGUAUGGACGACGCGGUCAUCCCGCCACUUGAGCACCCAGCCGGUGGGGACGAAUUCCCCAACAUGGUUGCCUUGCGCGCAUGUGCGCUUCGAACGUUGCAUGACAUCAACAUCGCGAAGGAUACUCCGAAGGCGCCGCAUGCCGGGUUUCUCCUAGAGCGGGUGGUCAAGUCUGCGCUGCGUCUCGCUAGGCUACCAGCUACAGGGAUCGACAUCUCCAUCGAGAACGACGGGCGUUCCCUGGACCUGCGUGCCCACGCUCGGGACAACACGUACCGAAUGCGGUUCUCGAUGCACUUUGUCCCCAGCACCUUUCUUGCCCCGGGUACACUCAGGCACCGCUACACUCGCGCAGGAGACUCCGUCACGUACGGACUCGCGCGCAUGUUGUUUGGGUUCGCCGCAUUCAACCCCGUGCAUGUUCACGUCAAGGGCGACCCCAUUUUCCAACACACACUGGUGGAUGGCGGCGCAGACGUGCGCGAGCUUCGUAGGGUUCUCCUACGGUUCGACUCCGUACAGAAUCUGCACAUGGACUUCUCGAAGCAACGGGCCGCUAGCAAGUUCUUGAGUUUGCUGGGCGACGGGAACCUAUUCCCACGACUUCAGCACUUGCUGGUGACAGCGCCGAGCUACCACGAUCAAUUCGAGACGAUCUGGACGACGCUCGAGGACGUGAUCGCCGACCGCGAUGCUGCCGGUCAUCGUCUGCCCUUGCUGGUCAUCAAGGGAAGGCUGUGUGUUGCCGAAGCGUAUGCCGGGCGAUUGGAGAACGCGGUCGGCUGUCUGAGGCUCCACACUCGAUGUGGGAGGACGGACAGCAUGGCGGCUGUAAUGCUGGAAGAGUGCCAAGUAUGUAGAUGGCGUGGUCCUAUGUAG